GGCAGCGGGAGCAGGAGCCCGGAGCUCAGCGUUGCGCACUGCAGCAAGGAGCGCGAAGGGCGGAUUGGCGGAUGUGCUGCUGCAGAGGAGACAUGAGCUCUUAAAGACAGAAGAAUAUUCACUGUUUACAUUAUGGCAUCUCUGAACUGGUCGGUCCUGUCCGGUUUCUCGCUGCUUCUCUUGUGCUUUGCGUCCCCAGGUCAACCCGGAACACUCAGGAAUGAAGAAACCCCGGCUGGACUGGUCAAUCCUUUCCAGUCUGGAGAGGAGAGCCACAGGUUGCUCCAAAGUUACAUUGAUUCAGUUUUGAAGGAGGGCCAGGGCAGACCAGAGAUCAACUCCAAGGAACAAGAGGUAUUCUUCCUUUUGCGUCUUCAUGACUAUGACCGCAGUGGAUUCCUGGAUGGGUUGGAGAUGAUAAAAUUACUUUCAGAUUACAAUGCCUUUCAUAAACCUACUGUAGUUUAUCAAUAUAAUGAGAUGGUGUCUUUGGUGGACUUUUUACUACAAGCUCAGGAUCUAAAUCACGAUGGUCUAUUCAGUCCCUCUGAGCUACUUUCACCUCCAUUACUUCAAACACAGCUUGAAGAAGCUAUACAAGACCAAAAUGAGGGUGCUCAGAAUGAAGUGGGGGUUAAGACGGAAACACAUCCACAAAAAGAAGAGUCAGAGAUAGUGGGUGGACCUGUGUCAGUAGAAGAAGAGCACGCUCUACAAAAUACACAAGAUGCAACAGAAGAGCAGACUGAAACUGUGGCUGUACCUGUGCACCAAGGACAACCAGAAAUAUAAAGACAUGGGAUUUAGAUUUGAUGUGUAUUUAUGUAGUUAUGUAUGUUUGAAGGGUAUGUUGUUAUGGUAAUGUUUUUUUACAGUCUGCAUGCAUCCCAAUCAUUUCUAUAAACUUCAAAGAUUGAA